UAUAUAAAUUGCAUUUAAUUCCAAUUUAAAAAAAAUAUUUUAUCAGAGAAAUUCAACUUUUGUUCUUUCUUUUUUUAUGAUUUCUAUCGUUAUAACUGUUUUUCUGCACAAAUGACAUUUAUAAGUUGUUCCCACUUCCAGCCAUGAUUGUGCUGAUUCUUUUUUUUAUUUUAUUUUUUAUGUUUUUAUUCAUUCGACAGGCAAAAGUACAUACAGUGAGAAAUAAAGACUUUUUUUUCCUUUUUCCAAAAACAAAAAACAACCCCUUUUCCCCUCCUCCCCCUCCCAGUCCUACAUAGUCUUGUUACAAAUCAGAGAAAAUUAGAAAUAAUUCACAUCCUUCUUUUUUACCAUGAGCAGAUAGAAAAAUAAAUGAGUACAUGAAAACCAACAACAUACAGAGAUAUAGCAUUGUCCAUGGGUUGAAAUGAGUCAGAGAGAGAAAUUAAAUAUGGUGAGAUGUUAAUUAUCAGGGGAGAGCAUUUUAUUUAUCUUCAAAUUAUCUUCAAUUUAGCUAUGUAACUAAUCAUACAGCCCCAAACAGAAACAAAUUUUUCAGGCGUUCCCCUCAGAUUAUAUUUAUUGUGAUUGUGCUGAUUGUACAGAGCUGCAGGACUUUUAUAAUUUAUAUAUUGCAGUGGAACACAAGGUCACAGUGAGGAAAAUGUAAAAAAGAGCACAAAGCGCCCUGAUUGUUGGGGUUCAGAGGGUUAAAUGAGCCCUGGUGUGGGGUCAGCAUGGCCUCUGGGGAGAGAUGGAGGGAUGAGGGUCAUGUUGAGAGAAAGAGUGAUAUAAUGUUGGUGUGAUGUAAAGAGAGAGAGAGAGGGGGGGUGGACCGUGGCCAAUGAUCUGCAGGCAGAAUAACUAAAGUGGAGACAGAAGCAGAAGAGAUUUCAUAAAGCCACAGAGGAGGAUGAGAAGAAGCCGGAUGUGAAGCAAGAGGUGAUGAAGAGCAGCCAAGUGGUUUAGUCCAUUUAGUCCUUUUAUUCAUUAGUGCGGCUCAUAGAUGGUACAGGCCGUCACACAGCUGCACGUUAAAGACAUUUUACCCUAAAGAUGAAGCAUUAAACCGUGCACUAGGCUGAGAGGAACCCCAGCAGCAGCUGGAUGCCGGAUCCAGCAGCAGCAGCCUGCAGGAAGCUGGUACCCGAGCCUCGCGUCUCUUCUCCGGGCUCCAGAGGCGCGUCUCCGCCGCUGAGGAGGAGGCAUGGGCUGCGCUCCCAGCAUCCACGUCUCCCAGAGCGGCGUGAUCUACUGCCGGGACUCGGACGAGUCCAACUCCCCGCACCAGACCACCACCAUCUCGCAGGGCACCGCGGCCACGCUGCACGGGCUCUUCAUCAAGACGGACGCGGCCGAGACCAUCCCCUCCGUCAUCACCUACCAGAGCCGCCACUCGCGCAACAACUCGUACCGGGACCGCAAGGAGACCAGCGGGGGACACAUCCGCAUCGAGGCCGAGACCCAGACCAGCCACACCAGCGUCAAGGUUUCAGCUACAGAAGAAUGUGUGGGACCGAUGAGACUGACUCAGGAGCCAAUUCAGGUCCUGCUGGUGUUCGCCAAGGAGGACAGCCAGAGCGACGCCUUCUGGUGGGCCUGCGACCGCGCCGGCUUCAGGUGCAACAUCGCACGAACGCCAGAGUCCGCCGUCGAGUGUUUCCUGGACAAACACCACGAGAUCAUCGUCAUCGACGGACGCCACUCGCGCUACUUUGAGCCUGAAGCUGUGUGCCGGUUGAUCCGCGCCACGAAGCCCUCUGAAAACACAAUUAUUCUGGCCAUCGUGCCACAGAAACCAGCUGACCAGGACGAGCCGUCGGUCCUCCCGCUGCUCUGUGCAGGAUUCAGCAGAAGGUUUGUGGAGAACAGCAGUGUGUCAGCCUGCUAUAAUGAGCUCAUACAGAUGGAACAUGGAGAGGUGCGCUGCCAGUUUAAACUCAGGGCCUGUAACUCCGUCUUCACGGCUCUGGAGCACUGCCAGGAGGCCGUGGAGAUCACCAGCGAAGACCACAUCAUACAGUACGUGAACCCGGCGUUUGAGCGUAUGAUGGGCUACCACAAGGGGGAGCUGAUCGGGAAAGAGCUGACAGAACUACCCAAGAGCGACAAGAACCGAGCCGACCUGCUGGACUCCAUCAACACCUGCAUCAAGAAAGGAAAGGAAUGGCAGGGCAUUUACUUUGCCAGGAAGAAGUCUGGUGACAGUAUCCAGCAACAGGUGAAGAUCACACCUGUCAUCGGCCAAGGAGGGAAGAUUCGACAUUUUGUCGCCAUCAAGAGACCUCACAUCAACAACAACAACCAGGUCCACAAGUUCAACAAGGAGGAGAGAUGCAGCGGGGAACAUUCUCAGUCAGAGUGCCAUUCUCUACGUCAUCGCGACCGGAGGAAAGACUCCAUCGACGCCAGAUCUCUCAGCUCUCGCGGUAGUGACGCUCCCAGUUUACAGAACAGAAGAUAUUCGUCGGUGGCCAGGAUUCACUCCAUGACCAUCGAGGCUCCCAUCACCAAGGUAAUAAACAUCAUCAACGCGGCCCAGGAGAGCAGCCCGGUGACGGUGGCCGAGGCCCUGGACCGGGUCUUAGAGAUCCUGAGGACCACGGAGCUCUACUCGCCACAGCUCGCCUCCAAAGAAGAUGACCCCCACACCAACGACCUGGUUGGGGGGCUCAUGAGUGACGGGCUGCGGAGACUCUCUGGGAAUGAAUAUGUCUUCUGCAAAAAUAUGAGCCAGAGCCAGCUGGCCAUCCCCGUCACCCUGAACGACGUCCCUCCGUCCAUCGCUGAGAUGCUGAAUGACGAGGAGUGCUGGGAGUUCAACAUCCUGGAGCUGGAGGCGGCCACACACAAGAGGCCGCUGACCUACCUCGGGCUGAAGAUCUUCACCAGUUUCGGCGUGUGUGAGUUCCUGAACUGCUCGGAGGCGACGCUGCGCUCCUGGCUGCAGCUGAUGGAGGCCAGCUACCACUCCUCCAACUCCUACCACAACUCCACGCACGCCGCAGACGUGCUGCACGCCACCGCCUACUUCCUCCGCAAGGAGAGAGUCAAGAGCAGUCUGGACCAGCUGGACGAGGUGGCGGCGCUGAUAGCGGCCACGGUGCACGACGUGGACCACCCGGGCCGCACCAACUCCUUCCUGUGUAACGCCGGCAGCGAGCUGGCCAUCCUCUACAACGACACGGCCGUGCUGGAGAGCCACCACGCCGCCCUCGCCUUCCAGCUCACCGUCCGGGACGCCAAGAGCAACAUCUUCAAGAACACCGACAGGAAUCAGUUCCGGACGCUGCGGCAGGCGAUCAUCGACAUGGUGCUCGCCACGGAGAUGACCCGACACUUUGAGCACGUCAGCAAGUUUGUCAACAGCAUCAACAAGCCGAUGGCCGCCAUCGAAGAGACCAGCACGAGUAGCGUGAACAGCGACUGUGAGGGCCAGGCCAACAUCAGGAACUCUCCAGAGAACCGUCUGCUGAUCAAGAGGAUGCUGAUCAAGUGUGCAGAUGUGGCCAAUCCCUGCAGGCCGCUGGAGCUCUGCAUCGAGUGGGCCGGACGCAUCUCCGAGGAGUACUUCGCUCAGACGGACGAGGAGAAGCGGCAGGGCCUGCCGGUGGUGAUGCCGGUGUUCGACAGGAACACCUGCAGCGUUCCCAAAUCUCAGAUCUCCUUCAUCGAUUACUUCAUCACCGACAUGUUUGACGCCUGGGAUGCCUUCGCCAGCCUGCCUGGCCUCAUGGAGCACCUGUCUGAGAACUACAAGUACUGGAAGGGCUUGGACGAGAUGAAGUGUAAGAGCCUUCGUCCUCCUCCUCCUUCCUGACCUCCUCCUCUUCCUCGUCCUCCUCCUGCUCCUCCUCCUCCUCUGGUCCGUCGCUCCCAGCAGGGCAGGACGGUGAACGCAGCCCUGCGGAGGAACAGUUAGGUCUCUUCAGCGCUGAUCCACGGAGCUCCGGGACCUCCUGGGGACCUCCUCCUCCCGGGGACCCCCUCCUCCAGGAGACCUCCUCC